UCUUUUCCUACGUGACGCUUCCUCUUCUUCGUUCUCCUCCUCUACUCCGUCGCUCAGCACGCCGCCGCCGCCACCAACGCCCCUGCCCACGCCUCCCCUUCCUCUCCCUUUCUCCUGGCAUGGCGGCAUACCGACCGGCUUCCUCCCUCUCCCUCCUUUCUCGCGGCGACGGUGGCUAGGGCAGGUGCCUUGCACGGCGCCCACGCAGGGCCGGCCCCAGCGCGGCGGCCCUCGGCAUGGUGGUGCAGCGGCGCGGCGGGCAGGCGUGGACGCCCCCACGCGCGGUGGCCACAGCCGCGGACACACCCCCACGACGGUCACAGGCGCCCUCUCUUCUCUACCUGCACGGGUGUACCAUGGGCUGCUCCGACGACUCCACAGCCAGAUCCGGUGCUCCAUACCUGUAUGCCUGAAAACAUAUUUUAUUUUUUCAGCAUUUCACAAGAGUUAAGUAAGGUACCCUUGUAUCAUGUUCUGAAAAAAUUAGGUGUUGUGUGCUUGUUCGUUCAUGUAAGUCAGCUUAACAAAUUUGACAGUUUGUUUUAGUGCUCUUUAUGGUCACUAUUUCAAAUCAAGGACGUUGCACAUGCAAUCAACUAAUUUGUUUUCCGUAAUUUAACAAGCUGCCAAUUGUAUCCUAUGGUAUUGGAUUGUGAUUAGCAAGUUUGUAACUAAUAUAUUUCGGUCUGAAAUAUAGUUUCAGGUGACAUAGAAAACAAUGGACAAAUCCUUCAGGUAUGGAGACAAAUUGGCUCUGAUCGAUGAGGAUAUAAUCAUCUUAGCAAGCAGAGUAGGUUCCAACUGGUACAAGAAAAUGGAUAACAUGUGAGAGAGUAAGAUACCCCAGCAGCAAGAUGGUGAUGCCCUAUUCAAUCCAGUCACUGAAAAUACUCAAUUCGUUUUGAUAGAAAUGCAUAUCUAAUGUGUUCGGUUGGACACUUUGAAUUUUUCAUUGCUUUACAACAAAUAAUAAAGUGUGCCUAAUUGUUCUAUUUUUCCAUCUCAUUUACCAGAUCUGUUCAUCCCACAUUGCUACUGGAUCCCUUCAUCCCCUAACUAGAUCUCUGUGUAAUACUAGAUGUGAGGCUUCCCUUACUUCAUCUUCGUUGUGGUAUGAAUAACCUCUCUGUUUUGGCAGGUUUCCUUGGUCUAUUAUUGUUUAUGCAUUUUAGCUUUCCUUGUCUCAGAUUCCUUUUUCAUGAUUUAUGCUAAGUGUAUUGAUUUAUGAGCGAUUUGUGAGAAAAUAUACUCUGAUAGCAUUUGGACAAUAUUGCGUGUAGGAACAAUUCGUACUACUCUUGCAGCACCUGAGUGCCUUCAAACUUCCAAUAACACUCACCUCCAUCUUUGCAUUUUGCAGCUAUUUUUUUCUGAGAUAAAUCACUUAUGGUUGCUAUGUAGGUGCUGCUUUCUUCUCUGUUGUGUUUGAUGACAGCUUGAGCAAAUUAAACCUCUGUUCUUCAAGGCAUGCUAUAUGAUGCUAAUGCUUAAAAAUCAAAUAAUGGUCUUCAACAGGUUUUUUUAGAUUAGUUUGAAAUUAUGAAAAUAAAAGUUUUCUUCAGGUACCCCUUCUUCCUAUUGGCCCUAAUCCCAUCCUAUGUAAGAUCUUUGUUUCUGGGCUUCUUACAAGGUGUUAAUCAUUAGAGAUAACCACAAGGAACAUCUGAGCAACAAACAUCAUUUUAGUUCGAUGGCACAUUACUAGAGUAAUGCCCAACACCCCUGCGGCUGAUGGACAGGCUAUAUCAGGUACAGUUUGUUGCCAUUUUAGCCUAUUAACAAGAGUUAAAUGUAGUAUGCUUCUUGAAUGAAUGAAAAUUUUGUACACAGUCUCUGUCAUGAAAUGGCUUAUUUGUGUGGUUUAUCACGAAAAUCUUAAAUUGUCCUUUGUACUGCUAUACUAAAUGAAAUUAUCAGGGGAGGUAGCAAGAUGAAAUACUAUAUGAUUUUUUAACUUCUCAAUUAUGUACUUGGGAGAAAUGGCUACUCACAAUACUGAAAAUUGUGUAUAGAUUUAGUGCCAUUUGAAAGUCUAUACAGAUGAUGAGAAAUAUUUUGAUGCUAUAACUGACUUGAAGUAUGUAGCUGAAAAUAGGGUCUCAGCGUUCAAGAGUGAAAAUUUGUGAUAACAUUACAAUCAAUUUCUAUUGCCUUUAGAGAUCUCCUAGAUUUAGAUUUAAGAUUGGCAUAUAUGACAGCCUUUUACGUGUGUUCUCCGAUUGAUCCUUAGUAUUGCAUAACUUGAUUUUUACUUUAAGUGUUGAUGUUUUUUAUUGCAAUUGUGAUACAAAGUCUCUGUGGCGCUAAUUUAUGGUUCCUUGAUCACCAUGCAACCAAAUCAUAGGAGAACCAUGGUGACAUGAUUAUUCACAGUGAGCAACCUCGAUUAUCCAACCCCAAUCCCAAACGGAAACGGAUAAAUAAUUGCAAUUAGAUUUGACCUACUAUUCCUGUAUUUUUUAAAUAAUUUGUGAUUCUGAAAGUAAAUCUGCAUUUUAGUGCUGCAGAAAAAGGUCUAAUUGCAAGCAGCACUGAAAAUAUAAAUUUGAUCUCCAUAUGCUACACACUUGCUACCCAACCUACCACCGUACUUUGUCCCAAGAAACUAUUUCUUCCUUAUCGUUUAUUAAUUCCUUAUGUUCCUACAACAGGUCAUGACAACCAGCAAGAUGCAUGCUUCCAGUUUUUGUAUAUUACAUCGUAGUUUCAGUUACAUGUAACCUACUAUAGUUGUGUAAUGUCACCGACUAUGGAACUAUUUACUUAACUGCUCCGCUCAUUUUAACUACAUGCAUAACUUCGGAUGUGAACUACUAUAUAUCCAGGAGGCUGUGAAACGUUUGGAGCAAACUGCAGGUGAGGAAGCAGAGUAUGAACCACUUCGUACUGGGCCAGGUGUGACAGUAGACAAAAAACUCUCAUCAGAUGAGCCAUCACUUAUAGAGAACAUUCACUGCAAGGAGGUUGAUCUUCUUUCAUUUGUAUGGGUGGCAUUCCUUGUUCAGAAUUACACUACUACUUGCUCCCCAUGGUACUGGACCUUGGACCUUCUCCCCAGAGGCCAUCGAUCGGCAGCAUGUUUGCAUCACCAUUUUUCAACGUGUGGCUGAUCCUGCUUCCCACCUCAAACAUCCUCAGCGUGCACUUACUAUACCGGUCCUAUAGGCCUUAUAAGAGUUCCAGACAGCCACCCAAAAGGAAACCCUCUUGAGGAAAAAUGUCUCAUGACCUAAACUUUUUAUAUUACCCAAUUAUAAUUAUGAGCCCAAUUCUAGCAUAUUAUACAUCUUAAAUAUAUAUCUUUGUACUUUUUAUUCACUGCACUUCUUUCAAGUUCAAACUAUCAUUGUAACUGCAUAUACGCGCGAUGGCGCGCGCUAUUCACUAGUUCAUCUUCUGAAAGAGUCCCUCUACCAUAUUGCCACAAAUGUGGUUAGAGGUAAGAUGGUCAAGUUCCUUUUUACUCA